GUUUUGGAUUAAAAAUUUUUCUUUUGUGAAGUGGGUUGUGUCGAAUUUUCUUAUUUUCACUGUUUUUUAAUUAUGUGAGUUUCAACAAUGCAAGUGGGAUGUAUUUAACGAGUGUAUUUACGAUCUGAAAUACUGUCGAAAUGUUAUCGCCUGGUGUAAGGAUUGUUAGAGGUCCUGACUGGUCCUGGGGUAAUCAAGACGGCGGAGAGGGAAAUGUGGGUACAGUUUGUGAAAUCGGAAAAGCCGGAACGGUUGGAUCUCCUGAAAAAACUGUUGUAGUACAAUGGGAUAACGGCACCCGUACGAACUACAGAGUCGGCUAUUUGGGCAAAUAUGAUCUUAGGGUCAUCGAUAACGCACAAAUAGGUGUAAAGCAACCGAACAUAGUAUGCGAUGGUUGUAGAGUUCAAGGAAUUAGCGGAAUGAGAUACAAUUGCACAAAUUGCCGCGAUUACGAUUUGUGUUACAUGUGCUAUCACGGGGACAAACAUGAUACCGGUCACAUAUUUAAGAGGUUCGAUAGUCUGAAUUCCUUAGGUGUUGAUUUACCGCCGAGAUCUGAGGGUAGAAAAUGCGAGUUAAAGGGCAUUUUUGUUGGAGCCAGGGUCGUGAGAGGUUUGAGUUGGGAAUGGGGAAAUCAGGAUGGUGGUGAAGGUAAAAUCGGUCUAGUAAUGGAUAUAAGAGGUUGGGAUAAUGAAAGUAGCAGAUCGGUGGCCAAUGUAAAGUGGUAUUCAGGAUCUACCAAUGUAUAUAGAAUAGGUCAUAAAGGCAAUUGUGAUAUAAAAUUCGUUGAAUCCGCUUCCGGGGGUUCUUAUUACCCAGAACAUCUUCCAAUUUUGGGCCAAAAUAUCGAACCAGUAGUUAGACCAGGUAGAUCCGGUCCCUGUCCGUUUACAGUAGGAGACAAAGUACAAGUUAACGCUUCCGUCGAACAACUCAAGGCCAUGCAACAGGGUCACGGAGGGUGGAAUCCGAGAAUGGCUGAGUACAUCAGUAAAGUUGGUACGGUACAUAGAGUAACCGAAAAAGGCGACAUCCGAGUGCAAUACGAAGGUUGCAACAACCGAUGGACAUUCAACCCAAUAGCUUUGCAUAAAGUAAACAGUUUCUCCGUUGGCGACGUCGUCACGUUAAUCACGGACGUCGAAAAAGUCAAAGAACUCCAAAAAGGUCACGGGGAAUGGAUAGAAAUUAUGAGAAAUAGUCUUGGUAAAUUGGGUAAAGUCCUCAAAGUGUAUUCCGACGGCGAUCUAAGAGUACAACUGGAAGGUCACGCUUGGACGUUGCACCCCCAGUGCGUACGGAUAGUGCCCGGAAGCGCAGCCGAACUAGCAAAUACCAUGCAUGCUGUCCAAAAUCAACGACAAGAACCAUCGAUUCAAUGGUCCCCGGCGAAUCAGACGGAACUGCCCAGCAACUGCCUGGUGGAUCAGUUAGUGCGAGCCGCCGCCCAGGGUCACAUCGAAGCCGUGCAAAGGAUCCUCGAAAACGCCCCGGAAACCGUCGACGCCCGAAGCAGCGGCAAAACCGCUCUGCAAGUAGCCGCCCAUCAAGGACACGUGCAAAUCGUCCUGUUGCUAUUGAAAUGCGGGGCGUCGGUCAACGCCAGCGAUAGCGACGGAGACACCUGUUUGCAUUACGCUUCGUUCGGCAAUCGACCUGAAGUGCUCGAGAUACUAGUGAAAAACGGCGUCGAUGUGGUAAACGCCGCGAAUCGCAGCGGCUGUACGGCCCUGCACAUUGCCGCCCACAAGCAACCGACGAAAUGCGUUAAAAUCUUACUGGACGCCGGGGCGCAUCCCAAUUGCACCGAUCUCUACGGCGACACGCCUCUGCACGACGCCAUCGGAAAGGAUAACUUCCAAGUGAUCGAAUUGCUGUGCAACGCGCAAGGGACCGAUUUUACUCUGAGGAACAAACGCGGUUUCAACGUGCUGCAUCACGCCGCUCUGAAAGGUAAAACAUUCGCUACGAGGGUAUUGCUGAAUGUAGCCAGGCAGUUAGUGGAUGUGAAAAAAGACGACGGUUUCUCGGCGUUGCAUUUGGCCGCUUUGAACGGCCACAAGGACGUCGUCGAGACGUUGGUGAGAGUCGGACAGGCUGAUAUCGAUUUGAGAAAUAAUCGGAAUCAAUCCGCUUUGUUGCUAGCCGUGAGCCAAGGUCAUUGUGGUGUGGUUGAACUGCUGAUUAGACUCGGAGCGAACAUUAACGCCAAAGACGAGGAUGAGGAUAACGCGCUCCAUUUGGCCCUGACCAAGUUGAAUCAUCUGAGCGGCGAGGUGGGGCGCGACGACAGUCCGGGGAUUUACGACGUUUACAAAGACUUGGAGCAUUUGCAGGAAUGUCGAUUGGGCGUAUCGAUUGCUUGUUUUCUAGUGCAAACCGGCAUCGAUUCGGACGCCAUAAACAGCAAGGGACAAUCCGCUCUCGGUUUACUUCAGGACGAACGUUUGCAGGAGUUAAUAAAGAGUUACAAACCGGUCGCCGCGGAAAAUAACCAACAAACGGCCAAUCAACAAGAUUUGUGUAAUUUAGAAAAUCUCUCGUUGUCCGAUAAUCAACGAGAGGGUUACAAUUUGACUGAAAUUCCUCCUAAGCCAAAUCACAGCGAGAGCAGUAGAAGAGGUCGCCAAAAAAUAGACCGUGAUAAAGUCGGUACCUCGCAAGACAACCGUACGGCCAAUCUGAUACCGAACAAACCGGUGGAAUGCCUCGUCUGUUCCGAACUGUCCGAAGAAAACGUCCGGCUGGAGCCGUGCAACCACAAGCCGGCCUGCGAGGAUUGCUCGUCGCGCAUGAAAAAGUGCCUGCAAUGCGGCCAGCCGGUGCAGAAGAGGGUGACCAAGGACGGCAGGAUCAUUCCGGCGAAGAGCCGACAGCCGAGCGCCGAGCGCAUGCGUUACCUCGAAUGCAAGAUCCAGGAGAUCGAGGAGAGCCACGCGUGCAGCAUUUGUAUGGAGCGAAAACGGAACGUGGUGUUCCUCUGCGGCCACAGCACGUGCUCGAAGUGCGCCGAUCCGCUGAAGAUCUGUCAUAUGUGCAGGAAAACGAUUACCAAGAAGAUUCCUAUUUACUGAGUAGAUUUUAUAAGUAUCAAGUGACGUUAUAGUUUUUUUUUUUAAUAUGUAAUGUUCAGGACGACUCCGAGUGGGUUAGAUGUAAACGAAGCACAAAAGUAGUGGAUAUUUUUCUAUUUGGAAUUUCGUAGGUUUAGUAGCUGUUUAUUCGUGCGAAAUAUUUAUAUUAGUCAUUCGAGAUACUCUAAUUAGAUGAUUGGUUUUUGUAGAUUCUUCUCCAAUUGACUCCAAUUAACUAGAUUAUUUACCAAAAUAAAAAAUAUUUCUCCAACAAAUUAUUGACUAGUUGCAAUAGAUUUCGUUGAAAGAUCAAGGGAGACCUUAAUUAUGGCUAAUUAUUUCAAAUUUACACGUAUUUAUACAGUUUGCAUUAUUUUAAUAUUAAUUUCGAUUAAAAAGAAUCAACUUGGCACAUUAUCACCAUUAUUAAUUUAAAUGUUUUACGAUUAUUUUCGUGAUUUAUGUAGAUAUUUGUCGAUUUUAGGGUUCUUUAAUAAGCUUUAAAGCAGCGUCUGGUGUUAUUAGACAAAUUCAGAUGCUGGAUAUUGUGAUUCCACGACCUUCCAUCGAACGACUAUUCAUCACGCGACAUUCCAUCAUGGGCAUUUCAUUACGGCGCCGAUGCAUCACUACCACUAUUCAUUACACCUACUUGAAAAAAUAUGUAAAAUAAAACAAGACUUCUGGGGACAAAAUUAUCUCAUGGUCGUGUUCCGAUGAGGGUAAACAUUAGUUUUUAAUCGUUUUUUGGAUGCUUUCUUAAACAUUUUAAUAAUCAUUUCAUCACACAUUUCUUUCUACAUGGUUGAGAUAGAGUGCAGAAGCGAGUGAAUGUGGUAGCGGUAGUGAUGAAUCGUCGCCGUGAUGAAAUGUCCAUGAUGAAUAGUCGUUUGAUAUAUGGAACGUCGGGAUACGGGAUAUUGUACAUAGUGCGAACGCUCAUAUUAAAUUUAUAUAUCAGUAGAAAGCUGAACGAAUUUUCAAAACUUGAGAACCCGCUAGAAAUAUCAGUCCUGUUCAUUAUGUAAGUAAAUUCACAUGUGAUAUUAUAUGUGUGGCUAAUUUAUAUUAUCCUUAUAGCAAAGUAUUCUAUUUGUUAUUUAUCGUUUACUUUUUUUGCAUUUUUACCAAUCAAAAUUUAUAUACCGAUAGAGUGAAUGUAAAUAAUUUAGAAAAGCAUAUUUAAUUAAUU